AAUUUUUAGAUGCUUUUUUAGUAAAUCAAACUUGGUUUUGAUGACAGAUCUUAAACUUGUCUUCUUUCACAAUAAUUCAAAGAAACUUGAAAAAGCUUCUCAUGUGUUGGUUGAGAGCGUCUUGGGUGAUCCUCGUUUUAAUUCACGCAAAGGAACUAUACUGGGAUUUGUUGGUUCUCCCUUGUGUUAUGAUGACUCAGGCGAAGAACCUCGCAUUGAAUACCUGUUGGGAGUUGGGGGACGAUGGAAACAUAUUUCCAUAAUUUUCAUAUUGGAACACUUGUUGCACUUGUUAAAAGAAACGACUGUUAAAAUGGGAAAACCUUUUACAAAACUUCGUUACACAGUUGUGAUACCUUCUGCUUCAUUUUCCAACGUCCAUAUGCUUCCUUUCAAAAGACACUUUAGUGCUGUAGAUGAAUAUUAUUUUGAACAAAUAUCUUUUGGAAAUAUCCUUCACCAUAACCAACUUUAUUUGCAGCGAGCAAUUAAUAUUUUGGAUGAUGUCUCUACAACGUUGAAAAUAAAUAAGAAAUUUUUACCUAGUAUAGCAAUUUCAAGACUAACACAAACCCAAAUGAUUAAACAAACAAAGUCGACAUCAUUCGAUAGUGGGACGGGAUCAUCUUUGGUUAAUGGGGAGUCGAAUGAACAGAAGCAAAGCUGCAGUUAUCGUAUUAUGGCCGAAGAUUCGGAUCAUGAUGAUUAUAAAGUUUGUGCAUCGACUCCUCCACCAGAAUCACUAACCUUGCCAGAAGAAAGUCAUAUAAUUGGAGAAUUCGAGCAUGAUUUACGUGUUUUAAAUCUUCGCUUCUUUGUUCCUUAUGAUUCUCGAAAAGAUAAUUGGCGAGUUAUUGAUCAAAUCCGUCUAGUUAUCAAAUACGAGUCAAUCAAACAAGUUCACCUUGAAUUAGAGAAAAGAACACCGAACACAUUUUGGGCACGUUUUAUGCUCCGAUUAAAGCAUCCCGUUCAAAUUUGGCGUAUUGGUGAUGUUUUUGCACUCAAAACUGGUAAAGGCAUUGAUAGACGACGACACAAAGGAAUUCGAGUUAAUAAGUGGGGAGGAGAUAAUAAAAUAACAGAAGAUUUGGCAAAUUCAUCUGUCAUUGUACUUGAUUUUAUGGAAGAAAGUCCUGAACGUUUAUCUGCACUUUUAGGAAGAUUAAUGGGGCUAUUAAAGUUGGAUCUCGAAUUGAGGAAUAUUGAACAAAGUUUUAUUUAUUCCAUGCCACAAGUAUCUUUACCUUCUGAAUUUGACAAUGAUUUUGAACUUUAUUAUUGGAUAGAAGCUUUGGGAUCGCGUGGAUCUGUUGUAAUCGAUCAUUGGGUUAACGAAACUGAACAGAAGAAGUUUUUCAAAACACUCAUUGACUGUUACAAACAAGAUCGUCAGAGAACAUUAACUGCACUAGAAAUGCUAUCAGAUCGAUUUCUUGAUAGAAGUGAAGUUCGCCAUAGAAGAGGACUGACAGGAUUAUUUCAAGAUAUCGAGAGGGAUCUUGCAAAGAAUAAAAUAGAACAAGAGGAAUUGAAAAAUGGUUUUGUGCGUCUUAAAAAAGUUAUCAUCACGCCGUCACGCAUGAUUCUUUGUGGUAACGAGGUUCUUAUGGGGAAUAGAGUUGUUCGAAUUGAUCCUGUGAAUUAUCCUACUCACAAAUUUCUUCGAAUUGUCUUUCGUGAUGAGGAUGGAAGUAGAGUGCAUCAAACAUGUAUUGGUGGUUCUCUGAUUGAUGGUUUCAUUAGAGAAAGAUUGAGAGGUGGAAUGUCGAUUUGUGAAAAACCGUUUCAUUUUCUUGGAACUUCAAAUUCACAAAUGCGCGAGGGAGGAUGUUACUUUCUUCAGGCUGAACUAGAAGAGGUUGGAGAGUUUCGCAAGCGAUUAGGCCUUUUCGAUCAAAAAAAAGGUAUACCUAAAAUGAUGUCUCGUCUUGGCCUUUGUUUUACCCAAGGAAGAGAUACUAAUGUUGAUAUGAGUUUACAAAUGCUUGGUUUUGAUUUUAUUGGAGGGCCGAAUUCUAAUGGAGAGCAUUAUACAAUUUCUGAUGGAUGUGGUUGUAUGAGUAUGGCAGCUGCGAGAAAAGUAGCAGAAGAAAUGGAGCUUGAUCCAAUGAAUCCUCCGUCGUGCAUUCAGUUUCGCUACGCUGGCUAUAAAGGUGUUCUUUCAAUUAACCCAAAUUUGGAUGCAGCUAAAAAAUGUUUUGACAAGCUUCAUAAAGAAAAAUCAGAAAAGGAGACUCGAGAGUCCUACAUGGCGGUGGACUUUUAUUUCCGUCCUUCACAAAAGAAGUUUGAAAUUCAAGAAGAAGAAGAACGUUUAUGCCGCUUUGAAGUCGUAAAGUAUUCUGCGCCAGUGCCAUUAUUUCUUAACAAACCUUUAAUUAAUAUACUUGAUCAGGUUUCAAAACUUCAUUCUGUCGAAUCUUAUGAGAGAAUUUGUAAAAGAUUGCAUAUGUUGCUUGAUAAACACAUCUUCUCUUUAUGUUCAACAUUGACCGAUGAAUUGAGGGCCCGUAAACGAUUAUCAGAAUUACCAAGAUAUGUUGAAUACGACAUGUUAGAUGCGAUUAACUUCACUCAAGAACCUUUUUUUCGACUUGUUCUUCGUGCAGCGGGGAGAGUCUCCCUUUUCAAACUUCGUCAGAAACUAGCUAUAGCAAUUCCUUAUCAACUUGGUCGUGUAAUGUUUGGAAUUGUUGAUGAGACUGAUUCAUUACAAUACGGCCAAGUUUUUGUGCAAUACUCAAAUGAAAUGGCAGCAUUCAAUCAUGGGAAGGCCAAUAAAAGACAUUUUGGAAAGAAGAUAAUUGUGACAGGUCCCGUUUUAAUUUCUAAAAAUCCAGCAAUUGUUGGAGGAGACGUUAGAAUGUUUGAAGCAAUUGAUGUCCCUGCAUUACAUCAUUUAGUCGAUGUACUUGUUUUUCCACGGUUUGGACCUCGUCCACAUCCGGAUGAAAUGGCUGGUUCUGACUUGGAUGGAGAUGAAUAUGGAGCUGACUAUACACCAGUUAUUUAUGAUGAGGAAGCUGGCGAUAGUUUUGAGCAUGAUGAUUUUCAGGACAAGAUGGCAGGAUUCUUUGUGAAUUACUUAAAGCACGAUUCAAUUGGACGCAUCGCUAAUGCUCAUUUGGCCUGUUCUGAUUUAUAUGGAAUAAAAGCAAAGGUGUGUGGCAAUAUUGCACUUAAACAUCAACGAGCAGUUGAUUUUCCGAAAACAGGAAAACAUUCUGCCCCUUUAGAAUACAAUUGGAAAGGUUCUGAUCCCCCAGAGAGAUUUGAAAGAGCGCCAGAUUUUAUGGAAAAGGAAUCUUCCGAGCCUCAAUAUCAUAGUAGUCGCCUUAAUGGACAAUUACACAGACGAGUUAGUGAAUUGAGUGAUUUUCUUUCUUCUAUAAUUGUUCAAGAAUCAACAAAUUUACCUGAUCCUGAUGAAAUGUUACUUUCUAAUGAUGGACAUGAUGCUUAUUUGGUUAAAGCUCAAACUGAUUAUAAUUUGUAUUCUUAUAGAAUUAAGAGAUUAAUGGACGAAUAUGGAAUUCAAUGUGAAGGAGAACUGUUUUCAUCAAGUUAUUCUGUUCUAAGAAAUCGCAUUUCUGACCGAGAGACUGAUGAUAUGUCUUUCUUCAACACAACCUAUGUUAUCGGUCAGCGUCUGUGGGAAAUUGGCCGUUUAACUCGUAAACAAUUUUUUGCUUCUGCUGGUGGUAAAAUUGAGAAGUUAACAGACGCUAGAGGUAUUUGUGUUGAUCCGACAGAAAAAUUGCGAUUAUUGUCAAGAGCUUAUUACACUAUUGCUUAUUAUGCAAGCAAAAGACAAUAUCUUUCGUUUCCUUGGGUUGCUUGUUGGGAUGUACUUGACAAGGUUAAACGCACAACAAUAUUAAAAAGAGGAGUGACAAAUUUGGCAAUUGAUCCUUUUGCUGAUAGACUAUUAAGUCAUAUUAAAUUGUUUGUGAGAAAAUAUGAAGCAAAACUUAAAGAAUUCCGUGAGAGAGUUUUCCAAAUUGAUUUUGAAGGGCCUGAGGAAGAGUAUGAAAGAAAGUGUUUUUUGCGUCGAUAUGCAGAGAGAUACCUAGGGUUGGAUAUUCUCUUGUUCUUCUGCAGUGAGUGGGGUCAAAAGCAAAAAUUAUUUGAAUUGAGUCCUAUCAGAGAAGAACAUUUAUGUUUAUUCGUAGUAGGCAUUGAAUUGUCUAGAGGAUCUUUCUAUGAAACGCCGAAAGAUUGGAGUGAUUCUCCAUCAUCUCCAUCUGCGGAUAUCUCUUCAAGUUUGGGUAGGCGUUUCUUCAUGUUUUUGGAGGCGAUGGCUUCUUUACAGUCUAAUCGUAAAGAAAUAUUUGAUUUUCGACAUUUUGGCCUAGAAUAUCAACAUUUUUUUAAUAAUGGUGAAUGGAGAGUGUUACAACAAGUAGCGCUAAAUACAUAUUUACAUUUGGUAUUUUCUGAUCAAUUCGACAUUGUUUUACCUUCAACUGUAGAAAAAGAGAAUUUAUCUGUAAAAGAAGAAAUAUUGGAAGGAUCUUGUUUUCAAUUAGAACUUCCAAGUACAACAGUCAAUGAUAAUUUUGUAGAAUAUUACAAAUUGUUGGAAGUUCUUUGCAAAGAGAGUGGGUGUGAGCGUAUAAUGAUGCGGUGCCAUCCACGUUAUAGAAUUUGGAGGCGUAGGUUGGUGCCCAAUGACAGAGAAUUUCCUAGAGCGAUGAGAAUCCUUGUAACAUCUUGGGGCAAGAAACAAGCCAUUGGACAAUUACGUCAAUUACUUGCAAUUAAACCUCAAAUGGAUUUAUCUGUAGAUCAUCGUCUAGCUGUUAGAAUAAUUCCUGAAGUGACAUUAGAAUUAUUCAAUGAAUUAUUAGACCGUGAAAAAGUUAAUUGGGCGAUGGAGUAUCAAUUUAAUGGUAUCAAUCAAAUUGAAGAAGUUGAAGAGAUUUCGGAGAAUAGUCAAGAGGAAGAAGAACUUGUAGAAUAUUAUGAUGAUAGUGAAUAA